AUGAUACAAGCAGGGGUGGUAAAGAAAGAAAUUAUACCAAAUGAAAUAGAACAUACUAUAACAAGUAAAGUUGUCACCUGUGAUUCGAUGGAUGUGACAGAUGCUACGUUUGUACCAGAAGAUACCACGAGUGCAUACAGUUCAGAUGAAUUCGGGGACAGUAAGUCAAUGUCAAUGCAUGACAAGUCAGAAAAUCUGGAGUCGCCAAUUCACAAAAUAGAAAAGCAGAACAGAAGACCACCAGAAAGGUAUGGGUACAGUAACAAAUGUCAGAGUAAUGAAGACAUGGAUGAAAGCAGUCUUACAUAUGAUGAUGUCAUGAGAGGACCAGAACGAGAAGAGUGGUCCAAAGCCAUGAAAAAAGAACUUCAGUCGUUCCAUAAGAAUGAAGCUUGA